UUAAUUAUGGCUCGUACAAAGCAAACUGCUCGUAAAUCGACUGGUGGUAAGGCACCACGUAAACAAUUGGCUACUAAGGCCGCACGCAAAAGUGCGCCCGCAACUGGCGGUGUAAAAAAACCACAUCGUUAUCGUCCGGGAACUGUAGCUUUGCGUGAAAUUCGUCGCUAUCAAAAGAGUACAGAACUCUUAAUUCGCAAACUGCCAUUCCAGCGUUUAGUCCGUGAAAUUGCACAGGAUUUCAAAACUGAUUUACGUUUCCAGAGUUCUGCUGUAAUGGCUCUCCAAGAAGCUAGCGAAGCAUACUUAGUUGGGCUUUUUGAAGAUACUAACUUAUGCGCUAUUCAUGCUAAACGCGUAACCAUUAUGCCAAAAGAUAUUCAAUUGGCGAGACGUAUUCGUGGAGAACGUGCUUAA